AUGUCCGGCGUAGACGGCCUCACUGCCCAGAUGGGCAAAGCCUCCAUGGGGCCCGGAGUGGCCCCGUCGUACGUCUGCAACCCGCGCGUCGAGUACUCCACGGUGGCGGGCGUGUCGGGCCCGCUGGUCAUCCUGGAGAAGGUCAACAACGUCAAGUACGCGGAGAUCGUGGACAUCAAGCUCGGCGACGGCUCGACGCGCCGCGGGCAGGUUCUGGAGAUCGACGGCAACAAGGCGGUGGUGCAGGUCUUCGAGGGGACGUCCGGGAUCGACAACCGCGCGACGAAGCUGGAGUUCACGGGCGACGUGAUGCGCACGCCCGUCUCGAAGGACAUGCUCGGCCGCGUGUUCAACGGCUCGGGCGCGCCCGUCGACGGCGGCCCCCCCGUGCUGGCCGAGGCCUUCCGCGACAUCAACGGGUCGAGCAUCAACCCCUCGCAGCGCACGUACCCGCAGGAGAUGGUCCAGACGGGCAUCUCGACGAUCGACGUGAUGAACUCGAUCGCGCGCGGCCAGAAGAUCCCGCUCUUUUCCGCCGCGGGCCUCCCGCACAACGAGAUCGCGGCGAUGAUCGUGAAGAACGCGGGGCUGGUGCGCCGCGAGGCCGAGGGCGAGCACAGCAAGGCGGACGACGCCUCGCAGGAGUUCGCGGUCGUCUUCGGCGCCAUGGGCGUCAACAUGGAGACGUCGCACUUCUUCCGGGAGCAGUUCGAGCAGACGGGCGCGAUGCAGCGGACGUGCCUCUUCAUGAACCUCGCCAACGACCCGACGAUCGAGCGCAUCAUCACGCCGCGCAUCGCGCUGACCGUCGCGGAGUACCUGGCGUACGAGUGCGGAAUGCACGUGCUGGUCAUCCUGACCGACAUGAGCAGUUACGCCGACGCGCUGCGCGAGGUCUCGGCCGCGCGCGAGGAGGUGCCCGGCCGCCGCGGGUACCCGGGGUACAUGUACACCGACCUCUCCACCAUCUACGAGCGCGCGGGGCGUAUUGAGGGACUCCCCGGGUCCAUCACGCAGAUCCCGAUUCUGUCGAUGCCGAACGACGACAUCACGCACCCGAUCCCGGACCUGACGGGGUACAUCACGGAGGGGCAGAUCUUCAUCGACCGCGCGCUGCACAACAAGCAGAUCUUCCCGCCGAUCAACGUGCUGCCCAGCCUCUCCCGCCUCAUGAAGUCGGCCAUCGGCGAGGGCAUGACGCGCGGCGACCACUCCGAGGUGUCCAACCAGCUGUACGCCAACUACGCCAUCGGGAAGGACGUGCAGGCGAUGAAGGCGGUCGUCGGCGAGGAGGCGCUGUCGAGCGAGGACCUCCUGUACCUGGAGUUUCUCGACAAAUAUGAGCAGCGCUUCAUCCAGCAGGGGUCCGAGGGACGCGACAUCUUCGAGAGCCUCGACCUCGCGUGGGAGCUGCUGCGGCUGUUCCCGAAGGAGCUGCUGCGGCGGAUCACGGGGAAGACGCUCGAGAAGUACUACGAGCGGCAGCAGGACUAG